CUGAAGUGAGAAACUCUCUCGGCUACCUUCUCCUGCACUUCUUUCCCUCAUACACGAUAGAAUGCCUUCCCAAAGCCUAAUAAUGUCAUGUGCUCGCUCACGAGCCCUAGGGAUGUAAAUCGCCUAAAAUGGCUCCUGUCAGCGCUUUUCCUCUGUAUCAGCACCACAGCAUCGUAUCAGAUGUGUAAAUCUGUAAUUUGUAAGUCUCCAAACUUCAGGCACUGCUACAUGGAAAUGAAGCAUAACUAACCGGCUCUGAAGCCCUUUCUCCUCAAACUACAUUUAGGAUUUAGGGAUAAGGAGAGAAGCGACCCUCCAGGACCUUGCUAUUUUAAGCUUUGUACUUGGCACAUUCCACCUGUCUGUGAGCUCCAUGUUUCCCAGUUACCUGGGCAACAUUCGGUCUCCAGAAACCCAACCGUGCAGUUCCCAGUUCUGCCCUCGAAGGAAAUUUGUCACCCUGGAUUGGCUCCCAGAACCCAGGCUCCUCCUCGGGCUCCCAGCUGGUUGGGCCUUUUCUCUGCCCCUCCCCAUCAGUGGGUCCUCCCCACAGGGAGACACAACAGAGGCCAGAGAGGAUCCCGCAGGACAGCAAGGAGAUGCCACCCAAGACCAAAGAAAAAGGGAAGAAAACUGGGGUACAGAAGAAGAAACAGAAUGCGGGUGCUGAUGUGGAGGCCAAGUCCACGCACAGGCGGACAGUGCUGGAGAAGGAGCUGCUCCGAGACCACUUGGCUCUUCGGAGGGAUGAGGCCCGCCGGGCCAAAGCUUCUGAAGAGCAGCUGAGGCAGAGGCUGCAAGUGCUGGAGGCUGAGUUGGAGGAGGCCCGAAGUGAGACGAAGGCCAUCUAUGCAGAGAUGAGUCGUCAGUGCCGGGCCCUGCAGAAGGAAAUGGAGAUCCACAGCAGGAAGCUGGAGGAAGAAGUGACGGGCCUUCGGGAGCAGCUGGAGACGUGCCAGAGGGAGGCCGAGGCUGCACGGCAAGAGGCUGAGCAGGCCCUCGGAGAGCGGGACCAGACUCUGGCUCAGCUUCGGGCCCACGUGGCAGACAUGGAGGCCAAGUAUGAGGAAAUCUUACAUGGCAGCCUGGACCGACUCUUGGCCAAGCUGAGAGCUGUCAAGCCUCAGUGGGACGGGGCUGUGCUGAGACUUCACGCCAAGUACAAGGAGCAGCUCCACCAGUUUGGACAACCCCCUGGAUCUCUGAAGCUGUAAGCCACUAAUGUCUGGGGCCCUUGGAGGCUCCAGCAAUAAAGCUAUCUUGAUGUAGAACUCAACAGAACUGUGGUCUGUGGCUU